AUGUCGGACUUGCAACCAGCCGCUGCCGACGACAACGUCAUCCGCGUCGGCACGCGCAAGUCGCCGCUCGCCAUGGCGCAGGCACACAUCGUCGUCGCCGCGCUGCAGGCCGCGCUGCCCACGCACCGCUUCCCCAUCGACAGCAUGACCACGACCGGCGACCGGGACCAGACGACCGCGCUGUACAACUUUGGCGGCAAGGGCCUGUGGACCACGCAGCUCGAGGACAAGCUCGUCGCCGACGAGGUCGACGUCGUCGUCCACUCGCUCAAGGACAUGCCCACCACGCUGCCCGACGGACUCGUCCUCGGGUGCGUCACCGAGCGCCACGACCCGCGCGACACGCUCGUCAUCAAGCAGUCCCUGGCCGACCGCCACGGCUGGCGCACGCUGGCCGACCUGCCGCCCGGCAGCGUCGUCGGCACCUCGAGCGUGCGCCGCAUCGCCCAGCUCGCCCGGCGCUACCCGCACCUCGCCUUCCGCGACCACCGCGGCAACAUCAACACGCGGCUGGCCAAGCUCGACGCCGAGGACUCGCCGCUGGCUGCCAUCAUCCUCGCCGCCGCCGGCCUGCAGCGCAUGGACUUUGGCCACCGCAUCUCCCAGUUCCUCGACGCCGACGGCGCCGGCGUCCUGCACGCCGUCGGCCAGGGCGCGCUCGGCGUGGAGUGCCGCGCCGGCGACGCGCGCGUGCUCGCGGCGCUCGCGAAGCUGAGGCACGAGCCCACGGCGCUGGCGUGCACCGCGGAGCGCAGCCUGAUGCGCGCGCUCGAGGGCGGCUGCAGCGUGCCCAUCGGCGUCGAGACGGCGUGGUUGGAGGGGGAGGAUGGCAGCCGCCGGCUGCGGAUGCGCGCUACGGUGGUGGCUGUCAAGGGCGACAAGGCGGUCGACGCGGACGAGACAGAGGUGGUGGCGAGUGAGGCCGAGGCGGACGAGUUUGGCAAACGGAUUGCGAGCGACCUCGUGGCGCGUGGCGCCGACGCGAUCCUCGACGCAAUCAACGCCGACAAGGCCGUGCAGGCAGAGCAAGCGGAGCAGGCCGCGCAAGCUGGGCAACCUUCUCAGUAG